CCAGUAUUUUGAACUGGCUGAGAAGAUGACGAGAGCAGUAACUGCCCGUAGAAGAAGAUACAACGGGGCAUGAAGGGACAACCCUGAUGACUGCCGACAGGUAUUACCGGGGCUGUCUGUCCUCAAAGCAGAGGAAGAGGGAGGAGGGGUUUUUAGUGGGUAUGGCAACAACAUCCGCCCGAGUCCCACAUAACCCAGUGAUGCGGGUCACUGGGCAUGCGUAACAGCAUUUUCCCCUCCUCACGCAAAAAAAAAAAAAAAAAAAAAAAAAAAAAAAAAGUAUCGGAGAACCGGGUACGCCUGUUCCUUAUCGUAAUACUCCAAGUAGAUUGGAGUUAUAAUUGUUCAGAUUUUCAAUGAAAUGUAAAUAUAAGACUACGUGGUGUAUCAUCAACUUGUGAUGACUGGCAAGAAGGAGUACAUGCAAUGCGUUACUGCCGUUGAUGGCCACUGGCUAGCCGAAUUGGAUCCUACGCUUUUUAGCGUGAAGGAAACUGGACGAAGCGGACGAGCAAAAAGACGUACAAGACAUUCACAUGAAAUGGAAGGGCAGAUGAAAGAAGCGGAAGAAGAAAUGAAAGCUAGGGCCCGAGAACAACUUGAAGGUGAACAAGCUUCUAUCAGGAAGAAGGAAAUAUUGACGCCAGGUAUCGGAGAACCGGGUACACCUGUCCUUUUUUAAUAUAUGUAUCAUCACAAGAAGCCUAAUUUCUCUGCCGGUACCAGCAACUGCAGCAAGUAGCUUUGAUAAAUAUUUAUUUUCCAUUUCUAUUAAAUUUAUCAAGCUGAUAUCCUCAACAGGUUUGUAUACUAGCCGAGGAGGACCUUCCAUAAAAUAUUCUAAUGUAGAAUCUUUUUUCCAUGUUUGCUUAGCUAAAUUCUCAAAAAAACUAUCCAUAUUUUCGUAAAUGUAUCGAAUCUGCAGCUUUGUGUAUGGUCUCGUCCUUUUUCGAAUUGCAUGCUGAUGAUUCUGUUAUUAUUAUUAUUAUUAUUUCGUACAUUUGCUAACGUUAAUCGAAAUAUGUUAGAAUACUGAUUUCAAAUAAAUGACAUGUAAAAUGUAUUUUUCAAAUUUGUAACAUAUCUUUUGAUAAUUCACAUAUGUUUUAUUACCAUCCUAUACUUUUCCAGCAUCACUUUCAAGCAGUACUUUCUUUAAUUACCUUUAACUACUAUUAUGAUACCAUCAUUUCUUACAUAUUUGCAAAAAACAAA